UGAACUUUGGAACCAUACCUCUGUGAACUCGCAGAAACUAACUUUGCCUCUCAGCUGUACCUAACUACAUUCCUGAAAAAACAAUGAAAAUCUUUCUUGGGUUUUUGUUACUCUGCGUAACAUGUUUAUCAGCAUUUGCUCUUGAAAAUAGUUAUCUAAUAAAAUACUGUGAAAAAUGUUUGGAAGACAGUGUCGUAUCUGGAUACUAUGAACAUCCACAACGUUGUGACGGCUUUGUACAAUGCCAGUAUGUUAAUAAAACAUUGACUGCUUUUGAACAGUUUUGCAACGAAGACACAUGUUAUAAUAAAGAGACUCAGAACUGCGACUAUUGUUCAGAAACUACAUGCCAGAAAAAAUGUGAUUAUCCCACAAAGUUUAAGGAUGUUUUCUCUUGCAACAAAUAUUUUGAAUGCGAUAACUCGGGUUUCAAUUACGAAGCAAAGAUUUGCCCACCUCAAGAAAGAUUCGACCAAAAAACAUCACGCUGUGUUUCAGAUUACAGAUGUGUAGGACCUGUUCUCAUUAAACCGUGUUCUGAAACAUUCAAGCCGUCUAAAUCUCUGGGCAAAUUCUGGCAGAAGGAUGCUACAGGUUGGAUUGAAAAGGAGUGUGGUCCUGGUACUGGUUUCGACGUCAAAUCAUGCACUUGUGCUAAAAUGAUUCCUGUGAAUGAUGCUAAAACUUGUCUAAUUCUUGAUAUGCCGCUGAAGAACAGUUGUGUUGAACUCUCUCAUAACUAUUGGGUGAAUAAUCUUAACGUUACGUUUUCUAAUGGUGCUGCUCAAUUUACUACUGGUUCUGGCCUGGUGAUUCCAGCUUUGAUAAACAACGAUUUAGGUGAGAAUGUUGAAAUUAGUAUGAACUUUUAUAUUAAAAGUUCUCCCAAAGAUUCGUACACCAUUGUGACUAACGGAAAUUGCGAUCGUAAGCCUUCACUCAGUAUUGGAGUCGAAAAUGCAAACACCUUCCCAACAGUUUUUGGCUUUAUGAAAUUAGAAGGAAAUGUGUCCCCAGUACAGAUGAGGACAAGAGUGGUAUUAAACGAAUGGUAUAACAUCAGAUUUGGAAAGUCAAGCGAUAAAGUGCGAAUGUACUUGAAUAACAAUCUUCAAAAAGAAAUAAAAAUUGAGGGUGCUAUCGAAGUAGUUGACAGUGCAUUGAGUAUUGGAAAACCUUGUGCUCAAAACGUUUUCGUUGGUUCAGUAAACAUGUUCAAGCUCACCAAAUGCCCAUCAUGGUAAACAGACUGUAACUAUUCACGUUCAAUGAAAACAACUCAUCGAAAGAGAAUUUGAUGUUUAAAAAUAAAUUUAUAACUGUCCCUUUUUUAACUGAAUAAAUACAUGAAUCAGCUACUAAAGUUGGCAUUAACAAUUGCUAAA